GGCUGCCUCCUUGUUCAGCAUGUUCCAAACUUGCUCUAAAUGCAGGAGCAAAUUUCUCCAAUUUGUCUUCAGAGGAAAUGGAAAUUUUAGUGUUAUAAACAAAUUUCAAUAUCCAAGGAUCAUAAAUGCAGCAAAUUUUUCAAAUGUACCCCAAGAGGAACUGAUAUCUGAGCCUGAUAAAAAUGAUGUCUCAGCUGAUGAUGAAUUUAGAGUUUAUGAAAUCCCAGGUCUCAAGAGGCAGGAAAGAAGAGAUCUGAAAAAAAGGAAGUUUAGAGAGCCUCCUCCACCGAGAUAUCAGAAGAUGCCAAUAGACCAGGAUUGGACGAAGGUCUGGCCAACUGCAGGCAGUUUUAAGUGGUCUGUGGUGCCCUUCCCUGUGCGCCAAGGUUAUAUAAAGAAUAUGUCUGAAAAUGAAGGAAUUGUCCCUGGGAAAUACGCCAAUGCCGAGCUGAUCAAGAUACCCAAUUUCCUACAUUUGACGCCAGCACACAUUGAGAAACAUUGCAACGCCAUUAAAAAAUUCUGCACUCCGUGGCCGGAGGGCUUGGAGACACCUGAGCUCUGUGACAAACAUUUCCCGUUGACUAUCAUCCAGUCAGAUUACUGCUAUUCUGGGCCAUCCGUUCGGCACCCCAAGUCAAGGAUUACAAAACUUAGGUUCAAAUUAUCAAGUUUGGAGCUAGACUACCACGCCCAUGAUAAAAUGAUUCGGCUGCUUGGCGACAGAUACAAUAAGAAGAAUGAGAUGGUGACGAUAGAAGUGGAUAGAUGUCCGUUGAAGAAACAGAACUAUGAUUUCUGCAUGUACCUGUUGACAGCUUUAUAUCACGAAUCGUGGAAAACUGAGCCAUGGGAGUUGGGGAAAGAGGAAGCAGACUGGGAGAAGUACUUCUGGGAUCUGAGCCCAUCAAAGACGACUGCUGUAGACUUGGUAAAGAGGAUGAAAGAGCUGUCUCAGGGAGAAGAAAACACACCUGAAUAUCUCGAGAACGUGACAGAUGAAUCCGAUGACGAAAUCGCCAAGGUCCCUGAAGUCCAGCAACUCAAGCAGGCGGUCACUGAACUACAUAAUCACGGAGAGAACCAAGUGACUGUUAAUGGGUACAAAGGAAGCGUGCUGAAAGUAUUAGGACUUGAACCAUUGUGAUAAUUUUGGGAAAAUGACUGUUUCUUUAUUAGAUUGUGCGUAUCGAAUAAUGUUGCAUUGUUGCAUAAGGGUGCAUAUCGAUAGACAGUUUACCUGUGAACGUGUGACGUCGUUUUCAUUGUCUCAAUUGCUUGUUCCCUGCCAAACCAGUAGGAAUGGCACAUGGGCCACACAAAGGUUCAUUUUGUGUUCGAGUCACAAGGUCCUCAGCGAACACGGAACUGAGAAAGACUGCACCCGUGAACAUUCUAUGGAUUGGCAGCCUUAGGUCCUCUUUGAGAAUUUAGUAUCAGAACUGACAGCAUGCUCAUAUUGUAUAUAGAUUUCACCUGCAGACAUUUCAUUGUGAUGAGUGUGAAGAAUAAAUUGUAUGAAAUUUCUUUGAAA